AUGGUUGAUAAUAUGGUUGAAGGAAGUGAAAAUGUGGAGGUUCAUGAGAUUGUUAGUGAAGAUGGCAUUGAUGACCCGUAUGGUGAUCAAUGCAUGUCUCCCUUCAACACAGUCGGAGAUGAGGGUGGCUAUGAGGAGGAGAACAAUAAUCAAUUUAUGUCUCCUAUUAACACAAUAGAGACAUUAGACACUGUUGUUGGUAGUAAUGACGUGAGUAUUAUGAAAUGUGUUGAACCCCCUAAGGUUGGAAUGAUUUUUAAGAUUUGGCAAGAUGUCGAGUCAUAUUAUAAAGAAUAUGCCGAACAAAAGGGAUUUGGAGUCUGUAGACCACAAGGUGUGUAUUCAAAAGGCGAGGUAAGAGAACGAAUUACAACUACAUGGAAGUGUGAAUGUUGGGGUAGACCGGAUAUGAGAGCGAUAAGGGAAGCGAAGAAAAGGGCAAAGUCUAUGGAUGUAUCUGGUUCAGGCGGUGUGGUUGGGGGUGUUGUGUGUGUGGAUGAUUUAAGCCAACGGAAGAGAAAGUCUAAAAAAUGCGAGUGUAUGGCAAAGGUAUAUGCUAGUCUUAAUCAUGAUGGGGAGUGGGAGAUUAAGAAAGUGCAUUUGGAACAUAAUCACAACCCGACACCACGUAAAUCAAAGCUAGUUAAAGAGUAUCGAAUGAGGGGCCUUACCUCAAGAACUAGGAGGAGGUUGCUUGACUAUUUUGAAGAAGGUGUGCCCAUUGCACAGAUUCAUGGUUGCUUUGUGGCUGAGGUGAAAGGGCUUGAUAACCUUGAAUUUACUGUGAAAGACUUGUCGCAUGUUGUAUAUAAGGAAAGGAGGCUCAAAAUGGCCGGGGAUGGCAACAACAAUUUCUAUCACUCUGAACGCUUAGACCUAGAGGGCCGUUUGAGAGAUGUUAUUUGGGUUGAUGGGCGUAGCCGUGUCGCAUAUGAAGAAUUUGGUGAUGUUGUCUGUUUUGAUGCCACGUAUCUAACAAAUGAGUAUGAAUUACCAUUUGUUAAUUUUGUGGGUGUAAACCACCACGGACAAACCAUAUUGUUAGGAUGCGCAUUGGCUGCAAUUCUCACUGUCCAGGCGGCCGCCAUGAGGAAGCCGUUAGAGGAGCUAAUGCCUUCUACGCGACAUAGAUGGUGCAUUUGGCACAUUAUGAGAAAAAUUCCUGAGAAAUUGGGCAAAUGUGCAAGGUACAAAUAUUUCAAGGGUGUUUUGAAGGCUAUAGUCUAUGAAAGUCUGACCGUUGAUGAAUUUGAGACAAGGUGGGCAUCUUUAGUUGAUGACUUUAAUUUGGAAACAAAUGAUUGGCUAGCAAGCCUCUAUGUUGAGCGUCAUAUGUGGGUUCCGGCAUUCAUGAAAGAAUAUUUCAAGGCUGGGAUGAAGACAACUCAACGGAAGUAUGCGAAGGCCAUGGAUAAGCGUGUGAGAGAUAAGACAGCUGCUGAUGCAAAUUGUGCAAAAUAUGUAAGGAGGAUAGUCACUGGAUUCACAGUGGAGAAUUAUUUUCAAAGUAAGUACACCGACAACAAGUUUCAAGAGGUACAAACAGAAUGUACUCGAUUGAUGUACUGUAAUUGUAAAGUGAAUAAAAUGUUGGAUGAAAAUACAAUUGAGUAUGCGGUUGAAGAUCGUGUUUGGAUUUUACCCGAAGGAAAGAGUGAGGAGGUGUUAACUAAUCGGAGAAGGUAUUUGACAGCAACUUUUAACAAGGUCACAAAAGAAGUUAACUGUCAAUGCCGUAAAUUUGUAACACAUGGAAUCAUGUGCAACCAUAUGAUGCAGAUACUUGAACACAAUGUUGUGGUUGAAAUACCAGAGAUGUAUGCUGUUAAUCGUUGGAGGAAGGAUAUUUUAAGGAAACACACUCGAGUAGGGGUUUCUUAUCAUGACCCUAAUAAAUAUGCGGCUGUGAAAAGGUACAACAGGUUGAUGGAGGAUUUUGAACAACUAUGUGAUGUUGCAGCUAUGGUGAAUGACGAUGUUGUUGUUGACACUGUAAGUAAUGCUUUGAAACAAUUAAGUCUUGAUAUAUUCUGGAUCUUAAUGUUUGCCCCAGCAUUACACCGGAACCAGGUCGUUACAACCCGUUUCGAAGUUCCUGUUAAGAAACUUCUGGAAGUUCCAUUUAUGGAACUCUUCUUCUAA